AUGGUCGGCGCGUCAGGCAAGACACCACGCUACGAGCUUACAGCGCGGGAGCGGCAGCUCUACCUGGAAGGGCUGCUGAGUGAACGGCACGCGCGCCGUGUCCGCCGCGCGCAGGAGAAGGGCGCGCAAGGAGGCGGCAAGACGAAGCGGGCGAAGAAGGCAACGAGGAAGAGGGCUGCCAAGCACACGACGGCGGCGAUGGAGACGCGCUCGGUGGGCGUGUCGAUGGCUGCCGCCGAAGCGAAGGUGACGCCGCAGAACGAUGAACCCGCGCGUGUCGCGGACGAGGCCAAGGAGACGGCAGGCAGCGAGGAGGCGACGCCGGAGCCUGUCGUGGAGGAGAUGCUGUCAGACAUGCUGGCUGCUGUUGCUGAUGCAGGCAUCGCUGCUGCCGAACGGACCCCACCUCCCGUUGGCAACCCGCGCAAGCGACGCCGAGCGCUUCUGCAAGAAGAGAGCGCAGACGAGGACGGCGCUUCGGGCGGCGACGGCGCUUCAGAUGUCGAGAGGGCUUCGGCUGGCGGUAGCGCAGCGGUGGACAUCCCGCUUGCGCCUCUGUCACACGACGUCUGUUAG